CUCUUUAAACAACAACUGGUUCAAAGUAUUUUAAGUUAAAGCUCUUAUACGAUACUGAAUUUGGAAAAUGCUGUAAAGAUCCUUAGGAGACACUCAAUUCAAAAUGGGAACAAGAGUAUAUCUUGGGAGACUGUCACAUCAUGCAAGAGAAAAGGAUGUUGAAAGAUUUUUUAAAGGCUAUGGAAAAAUAAGAGAUGUCAUGUUGAAGAAUGGUUAUGGUUUUGUUGAAUUUGAAGACUACAGGGAUGCAGAUGAUGCUAUAUAUGAAUUAAAUGGGAAAGAUUUGUGUGGAGAAAGAUGUACUGUUGAGCAUGCUCGUGGAGCUCCCCGAGGUGAUGAUAGACGUGAUGGUGGUAGAGAUAGGGGGUUUAGGGACUAUCCUCCAGCACGUAGUCGACGAGGAGGAAGAGAUAAUUAUAGAAGGGGCUUCGGACAGAACAACAGUGCUGACAGAAGGGGCUAUGGACAGAACAACAAUAGUGCUGAAAGGUAUGGACCGCCCACAAGAACGGAGAACAGAUUAAUUGUAGAAAACCUUUCAUCCAGAGUAAGCUGGCAGGAUUUGAAAGACUAUAUGAGACAGGCAGGAGAAGUCACAUAUGCUGAUGCCCACAAGCAGCACAAAAAUGAAGGUGUUGUUGAAUUUUCCUCAUACUCGGAUAUGAAGGCAGCUUUGGAUAAAUUAGACAAUACAGAAAUCAAUGGUAGAAAAAUCAAGUUGGUAGAAGACAGACCAAAAAGUAGUAGUAGAAGCAGUAGGAGGAGGUCAAGAUCUCCAAGUAGAAGCAGAUCCAGGUCAAGAGGAAGAAGGUCGAGAAGUGCAAGCAGGAGCCGCAGCAGGAGUAAAAGUUCAAGAAGCAGAAGUCGUAGUAGAAGUAGAAGUAAAUCCAGAAGUCCCAGUGUAGACCGUAAGGAGGCUUCAAAGUCACGAUCAAAAUCCCCAGAAGAGAAUGGAGAUAAAGAUUGAAAUUUGGGAAUGGUUUGAUCAUCUAUUGAUAUUUUCAUCAUCUACUCAUAAAUUGCCAAUAAACUAUAUGAACAAAUGUGAAUUAUUUAGUACAUAAGGGAUUAGUAGUCAAUGGCACACUACAGCAUUUGCUAGAUAAAUGCUGCUUUGUAGUGAUGUAACAAUGUAAACUUUCUGACAGUUUCUACAGCAUGAUGUAUCACAAACCAUUCUUUUUAUUUUUAAUGUUGUUUUUUUUUUUUAAGGCAAUGACAAUGUAAGGGAAAUAUCAUUGUAAAUAUCUUAUAAACUUUAUUAUACUGUAUUGAUCACGUGUGAAUAAAUGUCAUUCAAAAUGUUCAUUAUGAAGAAAAUAAAAAAAUUGCAAACUAUAA